GCCGACUCCUCUGAAGCUCUCCGUCGCUACAACCUCUGUCUGCGCCACAGCCACGUCGUCCUGUUGACCCAGACCCGAACGUGCCCCUUGGUGUUACCGUCCCAGCCUCCGCCUGAGCCGCAAUGGAAACUGUUCCGCAAGAAAAGCGAGAAGCCUGUGAUCAGCGCCGAGCCACAAAUCAUACCCGUGUCCGAACCUGAGGAGUUCAUCGGCAUCGCCAGCCCCUUCAUCGACCAGCGUGUCAAGAGCCCCCCGAGCCGACCCGCACAGCGAAUGGACAAGUGGAACGUUCCGAAGAAGCUGUCCUACAUGCCCCAUCUGGACUCCAUCCCUGAGGGAGCGGAGAACGAAGGCCGCGAGCCCAUCGACCCCGAUGCGGCUGAAAGCGACGUUAACCGGGAGAGUGUCGUCGAGGAAGUCGAG